AGUGGCCAGUGAUCGUCAGUAAUUUCAAUUGGUCAUCAUCGUUUAGGUUAGAGAAGUUAUUUAAACUGCUCAGGACAGCUAAAAAAUGCCGAGUCAAGAAGUUGUUACUACAAAAGUAGUAGUCCAUCCUUUAGUUUUAUUAAGUGUGGUGGAUCAUUUUAAUCGUAUGGGAAAAAUUGGAAAUCAGAAAAGAGUGGUUGGUGUUCUUCUUGGUUGUUGGAGAGCGAAAGGUGUCUUAGAUGUGUCAAACAGUUUUGCAGUACCUUUCGACGAAGAUGAUAAGGAUAAAAGCGUGUGGUUCCUUGACCACGAUUAUCUUGAAAACAUGUAUGGAAUGUUUAAAAAAGUAAAUGCUCGAGAAAAAGUAGUAGGUUGGUAUCACACAGGACCUAAACUACAUCAAAAUGAUGUUGCAAUCAAUGAACUGAUCAGAAGAUACUGCCCAAAUUCUGUAUUAGUUAUUAUAGAUGCUAAACCAAAAGAUUUAGGUCUUCCUACUGAAGCAUAUCAAGCAAUAGAAGAAGUACAUGAUGAUGGUUCACCAACAUCUAAAACAUUUGAGCAUAUACCUAGUGAAAUUGGUGCUGAAGAAGCCGAAGAAGUUGGAGUAGAGCAUUUAUUACGUGAUAUUAAGGAUACAACAGUUGGUACACUUAGUCAACGUAUCACAAAUCAACUUCUUGGGUUGAAGGGUCUUCAUGAGCAGAUAAGAGAAAUUAGGGAUUAUUUAUUACAAGUUGGUAAUGGUAAAUUACCAAUAAAUCACCAAAUUGUUUACCAAUUACAAGAUAUAUUUAAUUUACUACCAGAUAUGACACAGAGUAGUUUUGUGGAUUCAUUAUAUGUUAAAACAAACGAUCAAAUGUUGGUAGUAUAUUUAGCAGCACUUGUCAGAUCUAUAGUCGCUCUUCAUAAUUUGAUUAAUAAUAAGUUGACCAAUCGUGAUGCAGAAAAGAAAGAAAUGGACAAGAAAGAAGCUAAAAAAGAUGAGAAAAAAGAAGAAGAUAAAAAAGAUGAAAAAGAAAAAGGAAAAACUAAAAGUCAAUGAAUAAGAAGUGUUAUAUCUCCAUAAAGAGAAAAAUCCGUUAAAAUCAUUAAAGCUAAGAAUAAUUAUUAGUUUCGCAUAUGUAAAUAGCGAUGCUUGUUUAUAAUUUCUACAUAAUGAAUUUGUCUUUUGCAAAAAAUCAACAGAAAUGAACUAUUAGAUUAUUAUAGAAUGGUGCAGUUAACCAUUUUCAGGCUUUCGAAAUCAUCAUAAUUCCGUAUUAAUUAUAUCAAAUAAAAAUAUAUAGGUUCUCUUGUAAAUGCCACAUAAACCUUGUUAUUACAAUUUCAGUGUAGUAUGUGACGUUAUAUGAAAUGAAGUGGUCUAUAGAAAAUGUGGAAAUGAAGACUAAUUAUAGUUGAUACAUGAUUCACUCAUACAUAAUUAUAUGCUGUUUUCCUCCAGUUGAAAAAUGAUCAUAUUAGAAAAUUAAUUAUAUGAAUUACUUGA